AGUUUAAAUCCGAUAAAUGAAAUUAACGAAUCGCCACGUUCAACAAUUAAUUCUUUAAGUACAUCAACUACAUCAUCAGCAUCAUCAUUCUCGCAUCUUCGUGCACCUAUUAGUACAAGUUUACCAUCGUAUUCUUCUUCAGCUUCAACUUAUGUAGGACCUAAUUCAGUUACUUCGGAAAGAACGGAAAGAACGACAACGGAAACAGGAACAUCCAAUACACCUACUUCUACAGAUGGAGUAUGGAAUAAUCCUCCUCAACAACAGAAUCAAAACCAAAAUCUACCCUUUAUUCCUCAAAUUUAUCGUACAACGAGGGCAACAUCAUUUUCUAGUCGUAAUACAUCAUCCUCUUCGAUGACAAAUUCAACAUUAAGUCCACAAAUGGAAAGAUCGCAUUCAACUUCUACGAUGUAUUCAUUAUCUUCUACUACUUUUCAUGAGAAAUCACUUUCCGGCGGAUCAAUACCGUAUACACCAUCAUCAUCAUCAAUUUCACAUCAUAAAAUGAAUCAGCUGUAUGAUACUUCUUCAGUGACUUCGAAAGAAUUGGAGAAAAUGGAACAAUCAGGACAACAGCAUGAUACUUGGGGUUCGUUGGCGGUAAAAGUCUUACCAUUAUUUAACGGUGAAGGGUUAAAAUUAAGUAUUGAGGAUUUGAACGAGUUAGUAAGACGAUGCAUAAAUGAUAGGUCGAUACAAUUACUCUAUGAUGGUAUAAAUGAACUUUUAGAGUCAGGAAUGUUUACAUUGAACGGAAAAUUAGUUGGAGUUCCAGAUGAAAAAUUGGUAUCACGAUUAGUUGAAUUAUGGUCUUUUUAUUUUGGUACCGUAAUUCCUUAUUUCGAAGGAGUUUUUCUUCCGUUACAAAUAUAUAAUUCUACUACACAACAAAAUCAAUUAAGUAUUAGACGUUUAGUAUUAAAGAGUUUCCGUGAUCAUGUUAUUUUACCCAUGGGUAAUCGUAUAGAAGAUGCAUUUGAUAAAUUAUUUCAUGACUUUGAUUCUGGUAUCCCAGUAACAGAUACAGCAACUCGUAUGCUACAAAUGUCUUAUAUUCUAUCAUCAGUUUUAUCUGAUGAUGAUAAUCAAAGAGAUAUGGACAGAAUUUUAGGUAAAUUAAAAAAUAAUUGGAAAUUAUUUAUGAGAAAAAGAGACAGAAGAGGUUUUGUUGGAAUGUCUCCUUCAAAUUCAAAUUCAAGUAACUCUAAUAAUGGUAGUAAUUCUUUCUCAAAAAAUACACCUCAAGACUCGAUAUUGAACACUACUACCGAUAAUUUAGUUACAAAUUCUGCGAAUUCAAUGAAAUUAUCUAAUCCUAUAAGUGGAUUUUCUUCCGCUACUUGCGUGUUCAUUGAAUAUUGUUCUUUAGGCAAGAGGACUAAUCAUCCUAAUCAAGGAGGGUUUUGGUUCGCUUCGACUAAAACCGAGAUAGAGUAUAAAUGGAAUAAAUCCCCAAUGAACAAUAGUUUUGGUAAUUUCUAUAGCUUUAAGUAUUUUUUCCUUUGUUUCUUCGCGCAUCGUUGAAAGCUGAAAAA